AUGGCAGCGGACGGAGUGAACGAGUUACGACUCAAACUUGUUCAUGGCCAAAGUCACCACAACCUGUUGUUGGCUUUGCCCACUGAAGAAGCUGGAGAUGUCCUGACAGUAAGACAUCUGGCCAAAGAGGUGUUCAUAGCCACAGGAGUCCCCAUCCCAGGACAGAGACUUAUAUUCAAAGGAAAAUCCCUCAAAGACCCAUCAGAACAUUUGAGUAAACUUGGAAUGAAGCAAGAUUCAAAAAUAAUGCUGAUUGGCAAAAAGCCGAGUCCAUUUGAGGAUGCAAUUUUGAACCAACUGUCAACAGUGGAAAAAGCACAGGAAAAGACAGAGAAGAAGCAGAGUGAGAUAACACUGGAGUUGGAUGGCAUCCACAGGGGGCUGGACAUGAAGUUGGACCUCUGGGCCGGGGCAAUGAAAACCCAUCUAGGGGCCAGUGAAUCACAGGGGAUUACUGUCCAGAAGGGCAAGUAA